GCCCUUGCCAGGCGGCGGCCCCACAGCCCAGCCGAAUGGAGCCGCGCCGGGAUUGAGUGGGGCGCAGACUAGGAGCCGCAUGUGCCAAGUUCGGAAGCGGCUGGAGAAGCUCUUCUGCAAGAAGCGAAUGCCAGAGAGUCCCGUCGGAGUGGGCGGCCAGGCAAGCCUGCAAAGAUGGGAGAACAACCCAUCUUCACCACCAGAGCACAUGUCUUCCAAAUAGACCCCAGCACUAAGAAGAACUGGAUGCCUGCAAGCAAGCAGGCAGUCACCGUUUCCUACUUCUAUGACAGCACAAGAAACAGCUAUCGGAUUAUCAGUGUGGAUGGAGCCAAGGUGAUCAUCAACAGCACAAUCACACCUAAUAUGACUUUCACCAAAACAUCGCAGAAGUUUGGCCAGUGGGCAGACAGCAGAGCAAACACUGUGUUUGGUUUGGGUUUUUCUUCUGAGCAACAGCUGACAAAGUUUGCAGAGAAAUUCCAGGAAGUGAAGGAAGCUGCCAAAUUAGCUAGAGACAAGUCUCAAGAGAAAAUCGAGACCUCAAGCAAUCAUUCUCAAGCAUCAAGUGUGAAUGGAACAGACGAUGAAAAGGCAUCUCAUGGCCCUGCUGAAGCACAUCUGAAGUCAGAGAAUGAGAAGCUGAAACUGGCCCUUACACAGAGUGCCUCCAAUGUGAAGAAAUGGGAGAUCGAGCUGCAAACUCUGAGAGAAAGCAAUGCAAGAUUGACAGCAGCACUUCAAGAAUCUGCUGCCAGUGUAGAUCAGUGGAAAAAACAGUUUUCUAUUUGUAGAGAUGAAAAUGAUCGACUCAGGAAUAAGAUUGAAGAACUGGAAGAACAAUGUAAUGAGAUAAAUAAGGAGAAAGAGAGGAAUGCGCAGCUGAGCAGGAGACUGGAGGCCCUGGAGUCUGAAAUUCAAGAAAAGGAGAGGGAGUUGAAAGAUCUGCGAAAACAAGGUGAAAUCAUACCUCAGCUCAUGUCGGAAUGUGAUUUUGUCACAGAGAAAUUAGAGGCUUCUGAGAGAGAAAAUCAAAAUCUCGAAGAUAAAGUGAGGUCUUUAAGGACAGACAUCGAGGAGAGUAAACACAGACAGCGCCACCUAAAAAUGGAACUCAAGAACUUUUUGGAGGUCCUUGAUGGGAAGAUCGAUGACUUGCAUGAUUUUCGGCGAGGGCUCUCCAAACUGGGAACAGAAAAUUAGGGUGCAAAUUGUGAUCUAGGCUCCAGGAGUUUGAUGUUUGUUAACCCUGAAUGUGUGUAUUACAAAAUAGGAACAGGAAGUACACCUUGUCUGCAUUUUUUUGUAAAUAGAGGCUCAGAGUUUGUUGUAUUUUACAAACAAUUGUGCUGCUCACUAACUUCUGUCCAGAAUAGAAACCUCUUGCUUCUCUGGACUUGUGGACAGGUGGAGGAUCCUGCCUCAGGAAUCAGGAACUAGGUUUAUGUUAAAUGCAUAUGCAGUUAGUCAGUACAGGGACAUUUAUAUUUCUUAAGGACUGUUGCAACCAUAGAAACACGAAGUAUUUUCUAAUCCAACUACCGAUAUUCUAAGCAACAUGCAAUUUCAUUCUUUUUUGUUAAGUGGGAUUGGAAUUAGUUGGGAUUCCUAAUGUCAUUGAUCAGAAAUAUGAUAGGGUGAUUUCUGCUCUGGUGCAUUUUGGAUUAGAUGAUUCUGAGGUCCUUUCCAAGUCUAUGAUUUUCAACAGGUGUACAUCUAAAACUCAUCGUGUAUGAGUGUAGUGAAUCCCUCAUGGUAGAUGUUGUGAUGCUUUAAAAAAUGAAUUCAUGGAGUCUUUAUGAGGAGAAAGGGAAUCAGGUUUUUAAGAAACAUAGGUAUGUCCUCUAAAUAAGUGCACCAUUUGCACAUGUCACACAUCAUGUGGUCUGCAGGACUGCAAAACAAUUUUCCUUUUAAUUAUUUUUAACUUACAAGUGGACAACUAUGAUAUAUAAGCAACAGACCAUGAAGGCUGGGCCUAUGUGAAGAGUGGUAUUGUAAUCCAAUAAAACUUACAAUAAAUUUCAUCUGGCACAUAUUUAAUUUAUAUGUACAUUAUAUAUAAUAUAUAAUUGUAUACCAUUCAGUUGGAUGGGGUGUGUGUGUAGACAUAUACAUGUAUAUAUACACAUACAUACAUAAAUGCAUAUAUGUGUGUGAUAUACACACACACACACACACAUAUAACUAAUAACCUAAUUACCAUUCAGCUGGAUGCUGUCACACACACAUGCACACGCAUACACACACCAUCCAGCUGAAUGGUAAUAGGGGAUAAAUAGUAGGCAAUUCAUUUAAAUGUCUAAUAUUACUUUUUCCACAGCCAAACCAAACCAUUUCUGGGGUCAAAGGAAAGUGUGAGGGAAUUAGGUAAAUUAGGAACCUGCUGAUCCUAGGAAUUCCAGGUGAAUAUAUAUAUGACUUCCCUUCUCCAGUGGGGGACACCUACAGCACAGAUGUUCUGGGAGCCAUAGGAUGCCAGGUGCCCCUAGGUCUAAGUGUAGGAGCCAGGAGUCCUUGGGUGCCUUGACUUAAGUCAAGGUGCCUCUUUAUUUAGGUGCAAGGUUCACACCAGGGCAAAUUCCAGUUCUAGGCUAGAAACAAUUGGAGGGGGGGAAAGGGAGAAGCAUGAAUAAAGCUUUUCCCUUCUAGCUACCAUCUCUCCUUUCUUAGGGCUACCUCUCAGAUCUCUGUUACAGAUGUGGAAGAACUCAGAGCAUCUUUCUCUUCUUCCCCUUCUAUUCUUCCCUCAACGGAAGGGAGGGGCCUGAGGGGCAAAACAAAAACUGUGUCCCUCCCCCUACUCUUACCAUCCUUCCUGCAGAUGGCUUUAGGUUCUCUCAUUAGAGGACGUUUUCUUGUCUCCAAAAUACCUCCCUCACAUUGCCUGAAGUUGUACCAACUAGACAUUUAUUUGUGUUAUCCAGCACAUGUGGGGUGGGAGUUAAAAGGGGGCUAUCCCAUAAUCCCACUAACCCACUUUAAGUGGAGACUCAGUACCCUACAGCUUAGAUGGGAGAGAAGGGCAGAGAUAGCUGUAAUGAGGUCUUGGAGGAAACAUCCGGAAAACUUGGAGUUUUCUCAGGUUGUACCAAGCUCAUGGUAUGUUUCAGAGGAAAGGUGCCUGUAUCUGCCUUUGCCCCUGGGCCAUAAAUAAAUAUUUUCAGAGCUUGGGAGUAGCCAUGCCUUGUUUCACCUAGAGCCCUAUAUAAAAGAAGGGGUUAUUGUGCCCAAAUGGCAAUCUUCCCUAAGGAAGGCUUAUUGCCACUCCUUGAACACCAGUGGGUGGGAGAGAAUUGUGCAUUUAGAGUCUAGGAUGGAGGCCAGCAGAAGUCUCUGUCACCAGUCACUGUCAAUGAAGGCCUUCCUAGAGAAUACCAUUAAAGUUGUUCAGACCUCAGAACCAAUAGAGGCGUUGGUUCAGAUUUCCAGAAUAGAAAUAGCUUAUAAAUUACUUUGAAAUAUGCCAUCUGCCCCAACUCAGAAACAAAUGACCAAUGUGGAACAACACAAAGGAAGAUCUUUUUUUUAUUCAAAAGUAUUUAUUUCCACCAAUUUUUAUCCACAGCUGAAUAUUACAGUGACUAUUACAAGUAUUUUCCUAUAAACAAAGGUGUAGUUUACAGAUUUGUUCAAAAUGGAAAAAUAUUCUUUAUCAGUAGUAUUUCAUCUAUGAUAUCUGAUACACCCCCUGAAUAUCAUUGAAACUCCUUCAGAGAGAGGCUGCUCCACAAAGGAAGAUCUUGACGGAACAUAUUGUGGUCCCACAUUAAAGCCAUUUAAUAAACAUUGGUUAAGGACAAGGUGUUAUGGGAAUAAGGUGUGGGAACAUCUUCUGUGGUAAAAAGUGAGCUUAAUGCAGUCUGAGGGAGGGAAAAAACUUCAAGCACCUAUUGAUCAAUCCUGUUUUUCUUUGAGAAUUGCCUCAAUGUUUUCUUGCUUUAAGAAAAAAAAACCUCUGAGGAAAAAAAAUCAAAUGAAGUUCUGUAGCAAUUGAAUGAGUAGUUAGUGUCUGAUAGACUGUGGUGUAUUGGAGUUAGUGUGAUAGGGUAAAGAUUAUGAGAAUGACCCUUUAAGUUGGUUCUAGUAUUGACUCAUGAAAUAGUGUUGUAGCACUUUUCCUCAGAGUAGCCUUAAAGCUCUUAUUUCUCAUCAGUAUGGAUUGAAUCAAAAAACAAAUUUUUUGGACUAAGAAGCUUUGCCUUAGGUUUCAUUUUCAGUGAAAUAUAUAGUAAGGACAAAAUUCUCCUAGAUGUAUUGAGAUCCAAAUGAUAUCGGACUACCUACAAGGCUUAGAAAUAAGGUUUUUUAGAUUCAACAUGGAGACUCCGCUGUCAGCCUUGGUUCAUCCUUUCUUCUCUGUCUGUAAAACACGGUGCCGUGCCCAAAGAGAAUAAAAUGAUACGGAUUCAUGAGGCUCCUCAGAAUGAAAGAAAAGUUACCUUCAGUGGUCAAGAGGGUCACGAUGAAGGAUUGCUGAGAGUGUGUGCACAAAAAUAAAGUGGAUGCGGAUGAGACAGUGUGAUCUGGCUUCCAAGGGUUUGGGGAAACAGUUGUGACAAUAGUCCUUUAUGUUUGCAUGGUGUUUUGCAGUCCUUUCACAUCUCCAGGCUCAUUUGAUCCUUAUAAUAGCCCCUCUAUGGGGGGGGGGGAGAGAACAGGGAUCCUCAUCCCCAUUUAACAGAGAAGGAAAUUGAUGCUCAAAAAUUUGUGACCUCCCUUAGUGGUAGAGCCAGAGCUAUAAGACUGGUCUUCUCUUGGUCCAGUCCUAUUUUCCAUGACAACAUCCUGCCUUUCUGUUAAAAAUCUAUCAGGCUCACAGGUGAUUUUUUUUUUCAUAACCUGAUUUGAGCUAUAAAAACAAUUUUGUUUUGAGCAUAUAACUAUUGCUCUGGCCACUGUCCACAGCAAGGAAGAACAAGUAACCAUCCCAUUCUAGUUAUAUUAAUAACAAUGAAUAUAUUUAGGUUUUUUUUUUCUUGAAGAUUUGCAUUUGAUCACAGGUAUCACCACAGGAAAGCACUGGCUAGGUCCCUACUGUGAAAUGAAAGUUUUGUGAAUAUCACUUUUUAAAAAAAAAAGAAAUAUAGUUUAUAUUUAUGUAUAGCAUCCCUUUGGGUGCCUUUGCCUCCCCUCUUCAACUCUUCAAAGUCUGAAAGGGGAUUUGAUCCCUUAAACAGGUAUUACUAGCAGAACAAUUUAUUUAACAUAAAAUUAUUAGUCUUAACCUUAGAAAUAUGAAUAGGAUUCUUUCUCAAGAAUUUCCUAAUUCUUCCCCUCAUGUGGAUUUUAGUCAGUGUCUUACAAUUUUUUAAGCCAUUCUAGUAUCACCUUAAAAUGAAGAACUGUUUUAAUUUAAUUAAUUUAAUUUAAUACUUAAAUGUAAUGGUUACCUCAUAGCACAUCAAUAAAUCCUCAUGAAAGGCAGUUGGCUCUCCUCUCAUAGCCAUUAGGUUGGCAUUCGUUAUGAUUGACAAUCUAUGAAGAAGUGGGCCUUUGGGGAACUCUUGGUUAGCAGGCAAUAACCAGGCACUUGAGGAGGACAUAGAAAUUUUGCCUUCCCAAAACAUGAAGAGCUAUCCAGUUUCCUUUGUGUGCUAUGCUGUGGCAUCUUUGGCCACCCCUCUGUGGGUACAUAUAGUUGGACCUGUAAAUGUUGGAUUGUAAGAACCAUUUUGACAGGCAGACCCUGAAAACAGAAGGCCAAUAGGAGAUUAAGGAUUUAGCUCAUGAUUUUCUAUUUCUCUUUCAUUAAGGGAACAACACGGAUGCUGUUAGAUUUCAAAGUACCUUCCUGUACAACUAGAUGUUGCUGGUUGUUUAUUUUUAGUUAUGUGACUCUUGGCUGAAUUUGUUGUUUGCACUACAUUUGAAAGCACAGAUGGUUUAAAUGGAGAACACUCAUCAAGGUGCCUGUGUAUUUUUGAGUUACGCACAUGAUAUCAGAUCCCUUUUUCUUGAUCAAGUGGUUACCAAAAGAAAAUUUAUUUAUACUGUUUUUCUACUUGUGUUUAUGUAUCUAUGUGUGUGUUGUAUAUAUGUCCCUUAAAUACCUCUCAUGGUAGCAUCUAUGACAUAAACACCUAAGAAAAUGUUUUUUAUUUUCAGUUUAAAUACUGGUCAGCAAUAAUUUUUAGCCAUAGACCAGCUAUGAGAAUGGCUAUUCGAAAAGACUUUUGAGCUAUAAUCCUGGGGAGGAGAGUAUGAAUAACUUAGGGAAGAAGGGGAUGAGGGAGGGUUGUUAGGGUGGGGCAAGGCAUUCUGUAUUUAUAAGAGAAGUUUUCUUUUUUUUUUUCUCCCUAAUGGAUAGUUGAGAGACAGAGCUGGCCUCAAAUCGGGGUUCAAGUUUUGCCUAGGCAACCUUCUAAGACUAUAUGAGUUGCCAAGAAGGUGAUAACCUGCAUUGGCAGAGAAAGUUCCCUUACCCUGUACUAAUGAAAAUCAAAGGUCCUGUCCCUAAUAGGUUAAUACUGCAUAAUAUGCUCUGCAAAUUAUUUACGAGAGGAAGAGUUUUAUCAAUUGUGUGUGGGCUUCCCCUCCCCCUUUCAUUUAGAUGUAAUUCUACAGAAUUUAACUCUUUUUAAACCUUCAUCAACAAUAAUCAACUUCUUGUGACCAACCACAGGGUUUUUAGACCUGUCAAGAGACUUUGGUAAUAAAGAGAGUUUCCAAAUCUGCUUUUUUGCUACUAUGAAUAAAAAUUUAUCAAAUAAUUGAGAACAUUGUCAAUAUACAAUGAUGGGGCAACAUGGUCACACCUCAAUUGUCAUUUGUAACCUCUUUUAAUAUACUUAAUAUAUGAAGAAACAUGCUGAAGUAUUUGGUUGGGUUGUUUAAGUCUUUUAUGUUGUCACCUGUGUGCCAUUAACCAAUAGACAUUUCUCGCAUCAAACACAAGAAUUUAACAGUAAAUGCAGAUGGGGUCAAUUGGUUUACCGGUAGCAGUAAAGGCUGUUUUUUAUAUAUGUGUGUAAUUUAAGAACAAAAAAGAACACUUUUCCUUUAAGAACUUAUAUACCUUUGUGAUUUUUAUCUGAUUUUCUUGUAUCAUAUAGAGUUGUUUUAUGUAAAAAUAUAUAGUUUAAGU